AUGAAGCGGAGUAGGAGAUUAGGAGUCCAAGGCAGCAGUGCUACAGAAGCAAAUGUAGGAGAUUCAAACGACUCAGAAAUGGAAGGUGAAGUUCUACCUGCUCACAUAAGGGCUCUGAAAAGAGGAAAACAUGAUGAUAUUCUAGAAAGAGUGAAACGAUUUGCGGAGGCACCUAGUGAGUGUUAUGAUGAUCAUUUUCCAGAUAUUCCAAUUGUUAACUUCUUUGGCGAGAAUAAGAAAGAUCGGCCGGAUAAAGAGCUAAUAAAUCUCAAUUCGGCGGCGCUUCAAAAGAUGGCGAUACAACGCGGCGGUGGUUCAAAAUCAAAUGUUGGAGAUUCAAACGACUCAGAAAUGGAAGGUGAAGCUCUACAUCCUUUAAUAAGGGAUCUGAAAAGAGGAAAAAAUGAUGAUUUUUUCGAAAGAGUGAAACGAUUUGCUGAGGAACCUUGGAGUAGUUACGAUGAUCAUUUUCCAGAUUUUCCAGAUGUUCCACUUGUUCACUCCUUUGGCGUGAAUAAGAAAGAUUGGACUGAAAAAGAGCUUCGAAAUCUCAAAAUCUUUAGGUUAAAAAAACUCUCGUUAGCUGAAACAGUAUCAUUAGGUAGAAAAACAUUCAAGGCAAUACAUAAUGGAGUAUCACAGAAAUCUGUAGCAUGUUUGAUGAUCUUAGCUUAUAAUCUGAUAGACGAAAAUGGGUCUAGAUUAAUGGAUGAAUACGAAAGAGAGCUUGUGGAUCUUGCCAACAUUGUUGAUGUUAAUGAGCUCGAUGACUACAAGAUCACCAUAGGAAACAACAAAUCCAUGGAGAUAAAUCAUAACACAAGUGAUUUGAGAAAAGCGAUAGGAUAUACAUACCUAGCUUCAAGUUACCUAAGGUUAUUCACAGAAUCAGCAGAAAGGUAA